AUGUAUGCGGCUGCAAUGGCUGAAGCACCUCCCGUUCUGUUCCCUGUUGUUCCUCUUACCAAGCGGGAGAUUGACGAACACACCGCUGUGCUUCUCGUCAACAGCGACACCGAGGCAUGCAACGAGAACUUAUCUCUAUACCUCAAAGUCAUAGUGGACAACUUCUACAACGUCGACAACAACAAAGAUAAGAACUUUCUUUUGAUACUGAAAUAUGCAUUGCGACUUCUUAAUCUGAAUAUGUUCAUGAAGAACUUUCGGUUUGGAGUAGCCAAGUUGUUGGGGAUGCUAGGCACCUUCUCCGACAUGACACUCUUAUAUAUACACAAUCAAAUAGAGCCAGAUGAGAAGUUCUUGAGAGAGUCAGCUGCUUAUAAAGAGUUUGUAUUGAUAGCCCUUUUGUUGAUAGUACGACUCAAGGGAGGAACUGCAACUGAACAAAAGCAUUCAGCCAAUAAUAAUGAAUGUCUUUCAAUGCUUGAACAAAUAGAUGUAUUUACCAUACUACGGGAAUUAGACUUCAUUGCUAUAAUAUCCAAGUUUAUCUCCGUUCAUAUUGUUGCUUGGGAACGACUAGAUUCUCCUUAUAUCUUAUUGAAGUUUGCAUCGGAUCUUGUUUUUGAGUACUUGUAUGUUACGGAGUUACUUUCAGAUACAGAGUUUGUGAGUUUGGUGACCAGCUCUCGUUUGGUCCAAUCAUUAACCGAAAAUUUAUUAUCCGCAAGAAACUUGGAUGCUUAUGAAAUCGACUAUUUUGAAGACGAACUGAAACUCAUUGCCUAUGAAGAAUUCAAGUUAUUGCUUCUUAUUAAUGAACAGUUUUUAAUGAAAUCUUAUACCCUGGGGACGCAAGUUGAGAAUGCUGUUUAUAACGGUCUUAUGAAAAACACCAAGCAUAAUAAUACUGGCUUUCUUAACUUGUUAGUUUAUCAUUUGAACAGAGAGAAUUCAGAAAUCAUCAAGAUUCUAAUAUUAAAGUUUCUUUAUCUCAUGUUCACAGACCCAGAAUGUUGCAAGUUGUUUUAUUUGAAUGAUUUGAAGAUCUUGGUGGACGUCUUUUUGCGGGAAUGCAAUGAUGUUGAUUAUACGGGUUCAGGUAACCUUGGGAACAGACAAUUGAUAAUCAGUUAUUUAAAAGUUAUGUAUCCGUUACUUAAAAACUCUCAACUAGGUGAUAAAGGUGAAGGAUAUAAGAAGGAGCAAGUUAUAGAAACCUUGGGGAAUUUCAUCACCAAUUCUUCGCGGACUGAAACUGACAAUAGAGAAGAGACUCUUUCCUUGCUAGCAGCAAAAUGUAUGAAGAUCCCAUGGUUGAGAAAAGCCAAGCCUACGGCUUCUUCAGCAGCCUUUUAUACCCAUUCAUCAGCUGAAUCUUCUGCCUCAUCAUUGUCGAGUGUUCCCCGAGGUCCAGAACAUUCAUUAAUUCACAGAUCUUCGGUAAGAGCAGCAAAUAAAAAUGAUUAUUACAAACAGACCAGAAUUCAUAACAUGGAGGUGGAAGUCACAAAUGAUAUUCAAAAGGUUACCUUAUCAAAUAAUAAUGAUAAUACUAAAGAUCAAACUCCUCCUUGUAUCCAACAGAAUAUACUUGAAUUACCCACAGAAUAUCUUGAAAAUAAUCCUCCUCCUCAAGUCCCUUCAAGGAAUCAUCAUAGCGGAGGUAAUGGUACUUCAAUGUCGGUAGAAUCACUGCUUACCCGUAAGGCAAAAGCCAAAAAGGCUCCACCUCCUCCACCUCCUCCAAGGCGCAGGCGUUUUUGUAAGGAAUAG